UAUAUGUGAGGUUAUAAAUGACUGCAGACACUCAACAAUUUGUAAAGUAAAUAAAAUCAUAAAUAUUUGUUGAAAACUAAAUUAGCGCGAUAAUGGAUAGUACUAGCUUAUUUUAUCGUGAAGUUAUACCGGACACUUCUUGUCAAGAAGAAUGGAUUGAAAUUCAAUUGAAUACAGGUGCAACACAAAGCACCCUUCAGGAUAUUAAGGUCGUGGAAAAAGCAGGCGGAUAUUGUUACCAAAAUGUACAACUGAACCACAAUCGAAAUCGAUUUAUUUAUUGGCAUACCUACCAAGAUAUCCUGGAACUAUCAGAAGUUUGUUUGGAUUUCACUUUAUACAAAAACAAUGUACGCUACAAGUUUUCAGACACACCGGUGCUAAGUGUGUGCAUAAGUGAACAAGAUCGAUAUGUGACACUUCUCGUAACAACUGUUUGCAGUUUACACCAUAUAAGAUUUCCACAUCCAGACACUUUGGCCGAUGGUGUUAAUUCAAAAGUUUCAUCUAAAAAUAUUCAUUCAACCACUAGUGGAAUUUCAAUUGAUUUCAACGACUCACAAUCACUGUCAAUAUUUCAUGAGGCGAAUAACGCUUCUGUGCGUAGUCCAAGCAGUUUUUAUGUUAUUGACACACAAAAUGCCGCUUCAAGUCCGGUGCCGCAUGCUGCGACUAGUUUUUUAUCGCCCAGCGGUGAUGAGGCUUACUUUACUCUAGCUUGUCAGUCGGAACUAAUGCUAUAUGUCAUGAAUUGUGAAAACGGUUAUACCACCCCGCAGACAUUAAAGGAAAGUAACAUAAUGCCUCGUUUAUUUUCAAAUUUGAAAAACGCAUUCACUGGUAAAAAUGAUAUUUCGGAUGCUAAUCAUGUCAGCUCCGUCGUUUUCUGUUACAUCAAUGGUCAGAUAUACUUACUGGCUUUAUCUAGAGAUGUGCAACUUCGUGUAUGGUCUACUACUAGCUUCCAGUGCGUUUGCUCCAUUGACUGUGUACGCGACAAUAAUAAAACACGAGCCCAAGGACCACAAAGCAGCGUGUUACGCAAAAUAAACGAUACCUCAGUAUGUGCAUUUCUAUCUCACUCGAAUCGAUCAGAAUUUCUUUGUAUUGACAUACAUAUUGAUGAAGCCACGUCGGCAGGCUUGAGUUUAAGUUAUCGGAAAAGUAUACCCGCCCCCUUACUUGAUUUGGCUGAUUUUGCAGUCACUGAGAGUAGAAUUUGGGCGUUGUGGACAAACGCGGAAGGAGAAUUUAGUAUUUCAAAUUAUCCACUAAUACGAUUCUUGGGCAUGAGUUGGUCAUUAGCGGCACUAGAGCCACCACCAGAUAGAUACUGCAUUGGUAAUGAGCACAGUUCGGAUCCGAGAGAAGCUUACUGUAAUUAUAUUUUCCAGCGCGGUAAAUUCGAACGUGAAGUCAUCGCCAAAGCAUUAUUUAUGUUUCGUCGUACAAAUUUACGCUUCGAGUCUAAGCAUUGCACACUGCCUGUACUUAAAGAUCAAGUGUGCCAAGCUGUCGAAGAUGAAAUACAAAACGAGGUCAAAGAAUUCGAUGUCACUGAUGAAGAUUACUUAGAAAUAGCCACGCGACAAUGGGAACGUUUCUAUUCGUGUUGUGAGCAAUAUCAUUUGAAAUCAGUUCAACCUUGUGGUCUUUUCGUACUCCAACCCAUUGAUGGUGUAUGCUUAGUCAAGAAGAACAACUUUUCACUUUUGCGUCCUUGUGAUACCUUAGAGCAUCUUAUGCUCGCUGGUGAUGAUCUUGAUACAAGCACCGUUGUUUCCACAUAUUUCGCUGGAAAUGAAAGCGUUGGUGAAGAUCUCGUUGUGCUGGUGUCCAUUGUAGCCCAGUUAGAGCGCUGGCUCCCGGAUGAAGUGAAAUCUGAUGUGGAUAGACGACUUUAUCGUUUGGAAAUGCCAAAUGUUUUCAUUUCUAAAUUGACUGAUGAAAUUUUAGCAGGCGAUCCUGACCGUGAGUUAUUACCAAGUUCCUUCCUUGUGUGGAUCAGACAAAAAAUUCAAUCAAUUAGUGAUUUACGCGUGGCUAUGACACUACUACUGGAUACUUUGCGUAUGGAUAAUGGUAAUCCCGCUGGAAUGCAAACAAAUUUGGGUUACUCGCAAGCCUCACAAUUUUUGUCCACUGUGGGUGUGCUAUUUGGCAGCCAUUUGGGUUUGUCAGUGCUUUCUGAGACUGUGCGUCAAUUAACUGCAGUAAAAUUUGCAAUUUGUAGAAAUCUACUCAUUCUGCAUCAAAUACUCAUCGACACUUAUUCUCUGAGUGUAGACUUAUUGGAAACAAUACGUUCUCAUUUCAUGCCCGAUAUAACAAUUUUCUUACAAUCCUACUAUGUAAUGAGUUGGAUAUCAGAGACGCCAGUGAACAUAAGCGCAGCGGCAACAAUGGAGAGUUCUAUUCAACGAUUGAACUUAUUGCAGCUGACAAAUGGUUCAGGACGUAUAUAUACAAAUGGUGGUAAAUAUCAUGUAUCGCCCUUGUUACGCGUUUUUCUCAAUGCGAAGGGGUUAUACACUGCUGGCGCACUUUACGCAGAAAAUUUUAAAGCUGGAGAGAACUCACCGACAUGGACGAACACGCUACUUCCGCUCACAACAAUUGUCAGCCAAUUAAUUUGGCCCGUCUCGUUUAAUUUUGUUUUUGGCGAAUGGUUGUUUGGUACUUGUCAGCACAUCGCUAUUCAGGAUUAUGUCCGUUUAUUGAGCAAUUGGUGUGAAUGGAAUAUUUGUUCACGCCAAUUUAUUCUUGCCGUCUCGUUGCUGGAUUGUGGCGAAACCUAUAAAGCCUACGAUCUUUUCCUUCAAUCAACAAAAGGUGUAAUGCGUGAACAAUUUUUAACAGACAAAAUUCUAAAGGGUACACCACUAGCUAAACGUACAGAGUGUGUAACUGCAUUAGGUGAAGAAGAUGGUGGUGGCGGUGACGCUUUAGAUAAUACUAUAAGCAAUCAAAUCAUUACCCAAUACUAUUUGAAAGUGAUUCAGUUGCUAGAACAACAUAACGCUUUAGAUCAUAUUAUUUCAAUGGCUCAAGUUGCCAUUGGCUUACUGGACAAAUCUGAUCCCCAAUUACCAAUGUUUCAGUCAAUUGUCUUCAAUAACCAUUUGCAGUUAGAACACUACGAGGAGGCUUAUCACUCGCUCAUAUAUAAUGCGGAGCUGUCGCGUCGGAAGGACUGCCUACGGCAGCUGGUAGUAACACUGUUUAAUCGGAAAAGACUGGAUUUAUUAAUGCACUUUCCGUACGUGGGAUUGCAUGAAGAAUUUGAAAAUAUUGUUGAAUCCCGAGCACGCUCGCUGGUAAUUGACCAAAAUGAGGUCUACGACUUCUUGUAUGCAUUCCACGUAAACAAUGGAAAUAUGAGGAAAGCUUCGGCUAUUAUGUACGAACAAGCCAUGCGUUUCCAACUUGAAAGCGAUACUGUAGAAUCUAUGGAAAAGCGCUGCUCUUCACUUUUGGUUUGUAUAAACUCGUUGCAUCUUAUUGACCGUCGGUAUCGAUGGAUCGCAAAGCCAGUAAUUGGUCUGGAUGACGCGCCACCUUCGAAUGCGGCCAUUGCGACUGACGCCAUGGAGAGUGGAACAGAUGAUGACGCUAUUCGCGAGCAAGUUGUAGUAUUAGAAAUAAAAGAUAUUAAACGUGAAUUACUACAAACAGAAGCGCUUGUGCGACUCGCUGAUCAUCGUAAGGAUGUCCAAACAUUCAUCAAUGCAGGUCCUCAAGAAUUGGCGAUAAUCUUAUCUGGCUGCGGUCUGUACACAGCUGCACUCAAGUUAGCCAGCGGUUUUGAAAUAUCUUCUCUCCCAAUAUUUGAGAGUCUCGCCGCAGCUUGUGUGCGCAUUGACGAUGAAGGGCCGAAUCAGGCAUGGGCGUGGUUACAGGAGAAUGACUUGGCUGAUUUGCCUCAUCGCAACAAACCUGCUGACAUGGCUUGGUCACUACUACAAAAACUUAUUUACGACAAUGAAUUAGAGAAUUCGACUCGUAUACGCAAAGCUGUGGUAAACAAGCUGCUCAGCUUAAACGGUUUCGUGCCACAAUGGUUGUACAACGACUACAAAUUGUCCAAUUGCGGGGAGUUGUUGUAUUUGUUCGUGAAGCAUAGUAGGUUACUGGAAGCAGCUGAAUUAGCGCAGGAAAUGAUAAAUGCAAUGUUGGGUGCAGGUAGUGAAUAUUUCAGUUUCAAACACUCCAUCGCCGUUACAAACCAAGAAAUGUGCUUACCUGUCAACACAUUGGACCUUUUACUGCACGGUUUGCGUUUGAAUGCAGAUUCAGAUAUAGAGUAUAAGCAGGUGCUUACCGAAUUAGAGGACGUUGUUCAGAACUACCUUAGUACGGCUCAACGCACGGCGGCAGACAAAAUCCAAAUGGCUUUUCAAGAAGAACGUAGCAACAUACAGCGACAGCAAGCAGCUUUGGCUUGAAAUCAUUUAUUUUUCAAAAGUUUUUUUAAUAUUUCCAAGUGUCAACUACUUUCUAAUUACUAUGCUUAAAAAUAAAUUAUUCGUAUUUUCGUAAAUUUAAAAA